AUGACGUCCUACGAACCCAAGAACAAUCACGCCCACGAGAGCAUUUCGAGUUUCAAGGAUAUCGAACAUGAGCAAGAGCGAGGAUCAUACAAGUCGGAAGACCUUCACACAGUUGAACCGAUAGCAGGAGAACCACCGCUGGCCAACACCUUCUCACACGACCCCGCCGUAUCGAUACGAAGCGUUGAGCCUGCUCCUGAUGGCGGACUACAAGCCUGGACUCAAGUUGCCAUGGCUCAUUUGACCGUCUUCAGCACGUGGGGCUGGGUUACGAGUUAUGGUGUGUUCCAGGAGUACUACAGGACUUCCUUAGGCCUGGAUCCCUCGGCCAUCUCUUGGAUCGGCAGUGUUCAGAUCUUUCUACUCUUCUUCCUGGGAACAUUCAGUGGCCGCGCGCUUGAUGCUGGUCUCUUCCGUCCCGUCUACCUUGCAGGAACAGCGAUGCAGCUACUGGGCAUCUUCUCGAUGUCAGCAGCGACCAAAUACUGGCAGCUUUUCCUGUCGCAAGGGUUGUGCAUCGGCAUUGCCGGCGGACUGCAGUUCUGCCCUGUCAUGUCGCUAGUCAGCACCUACUUUGUGAAGAAGCGUUCAUUCGCCAUUGGCUUUGUCACAAUUGGGUCUUGUACAGGCGGCAUCGUCUUCCCCAUUGUGGUGCAACAACUUCUUCCACGCAUUGGCUUCCCCUGGACCGUCCGCGUAUGUGGCUUCCUCAUGCUGUUUACAAAUAUCCUGUGUAACCUCGUCUUUCGUACAAGACUGCCACCUCGCAAAGCAGGACCCAUUAUAGAGUGGUCAUCAUUCAAGGAACCAACCUAUGUGCUGUACUGCGCAGGAAUGUUCUUCAACUUCUGGGGAUUAUAUUUUGCGUUCUUCUAUGUCGGUAGCUAUGGUCGCAACGUCAUCGGCAUGAACUAUAACGACUCGAUCGAUCUCCUUCUGACAAUGGUCGGUGUUGGUUUUCUCUGGCGAUUGCUACCAAAUUACUUAAGUGAUCGUCUUGGGGCUAUCAAUGUCAUGUUGCCGUUCACUAUUCUUUGUGGCAUUAUGAUGUUCGCUUGGGUCGGAGUCCAUUCAAAAGCAUCGUUGUUCGUCUUUGCUGCUAUCUAUGGCUCUGGUUCAGCUGGGCUGCAGUCCAUGUUCCCUGCUGGUCUGUCCAGCCUGACGACUGAUUUGAAGAAGACUGGUGUCAGGCUUGGGAUGGGCUUUACGAUAGUAUCUUUCGCUUGCUUGACUGGGCCACCUCUAGCUGGUGCCCUCAUCUCUCAUGACCAUGGCCAUUACUUGCCUGCGCAAGUAUGGGCUGGCACAUCAUUUCUCCUAGGUGCAUCGCUCCUAUUUGCCGCACGCACGGCGAAGGUUGGGUUGCACCUUAGGCAAAAGUUUGAGUCAAUUGUGUUUCAACAGCAAUUUUUAACGUCAGUCUAUAGAAUAUCGUAA